CAGAAGAAUCUCCCCUGCCCUCGACCUGGCUUGCUGCUCUCCCUCGCAGGCAGCAUGUCCUCAGCAGCCUGUGUUUCAGAGAACCCAAGGCAAAGCCCUUUCACCCCAGGACGCUACCCAGACAUACCCAUGUCUCCAACUGCCCUCUCUAAAGGCGACACACUGAGUUGCCAGGAUGGGCUCUUCACUAAGCGUGCUAGCCAAUCGGCGGAGGCCUGCGGCGUGACAUCAGGGUCAUGUGACCUGAGCAGGCAGAUCGUGUCCCAGUUGGAGUGCUACCUGUCCAAUGAACACCUGGCAGAGGACGGCUUCCUGCUCAAACAUGUCCAGAGGAACAGGAUGGGAUACGUCAGCCUCAAGCUGCUCACCUCCUUCAAAAAGAUGAAGGAGCUGACGAGAGACUGGCACACCACCCUGGCCGGAGCGCUGUGCUCUGAUUCGCUGGAGGUCAACAGGGAAGGGACCAAAGUGAGGCGCAGAGAGCCUCUGCCUGAUUGGCUGCUGAGCACUCCCAACAGCAAGCUGCUACUAGCCUGGAACCUGUUUGGUGAGAACACAGGAAGUGGCAUCACUACCCUCAGCAGCUUGGACCAGCAGGGAGUCCUAGAGAAAGCUCUGAAGCUGUUCAGUGCCCACGCUGCCGUGGCCUCGCUCCGUAUCCUCCGUCCUGGGAAAGAGCUUCCUGUGGAGCUGAGACGCCAUGCCAGGAGGCACGCCGAGCUGGGUAGCAGGACGUGUGCUGUGGUGGAGUUUGAGACCCUGGAGGGGGCCAGGUUGGCCUACCGAGCCCUGCAGAGAGGAAGAGCAGAGGGGGCCGAGGUGUGUGUCGCACCCCUGGGCAGCCCUGGCACGCGCUCCCCCCCCUCCUCCUCGUCCCACCCCACCAACCAGGAUGAGGCAGCGGAGGAGGAGGGUGAGGAGGACCGCGAGCCGGUUGGAGGUCCCGAGGCGACCAAGGUGUCCCAGAAAAAGCCCAAGGUGAAAUCUAGAUGUUUCACCAACAGCUCCCUGAAGGAUCAAGUCCUGUCUAGAUGUUUCAUAAACAACUCUAUGAAGGAUCCGGAACUACUGAAGAGCUUAGAGUCUGACCCAGCCCCGGCCCAGGCCACAGUCCCAACCCUGGGUUCAGCCCCAGCUAAGCCUACAUGCAGCAGGAUCCAGCGCCAUAAGUACCUGGACAGCCCCCUGGGCCUGGAGGGUCAUGGCCAGACAUCACACUGGGAUAGGCCCUCCUCCCUGGACAGCCAUGCGUCCCGCAUUCCCCUGGUCCUGUCUAAGCUCCGGGGCUCAAGGUCUGGAGGUGUGGGAAGGAGCAGGUGCUCUGGGGACCAUGCACAGGAGAAGGUUGCUUGCCCCUGGGUGCAGCGCCGGAAGGUGGCUGCAAGCGCGGCCCUACUCCACCUGGAGGCCCCGGGCCAGCUGCGGAGACAUGCUCUGCCGCUGAGGGUGGUGCGUCUGCCCCAUGGACCCUACAGUACCAAAGGCUUCUAUGGAGGCAGGGGAAGAGGGAAGCCGCCUCAGCAGCAGUAAUCUGUCUGUCUAUUUAACAACAAACCCCUUCUGGAUGACACCCUGUCUGUCCCUUUAAAUGUUUUCGACUGAUGAAAUUCAAUAUAUUGUAGUGACAAAAAGUUGCCAUGAUAAAAAAAAAAAAAGUUAAGUCAUCGAAAUGAAAGAGAAAUAAAACAUUUUUCAAAUUAAACACA